AGUGCUUGGGUGUGCUAUCCUGGGGCGUGCGGAGGUUCUAGAUAAAGAGCGAGCGAGCGAGCGAGCGAGAGAGAGAGAGAGAGAGAGAGAGGCGGGCGCUGCCUUUCCCUUUCCAUUUCCCCAACCCUUUUCCUAAUUUCAGCUCCAAACAAUUCCCAGUUCGCUCGAUUCCAAAUCCGAAUCCGGACUCCGGAGCGAUGUCGGACAGCGGCGUGGUGACGGUGUACGGGAACGGGGCGGCGCUGCUGGAGCCGGCGAAGAAGUCGUCGACGUUCUCGGUGAAGGUGGGGCUGGCCCAGAUGCUGCGCGGCGGGGUGAUCAUGGACGUGGUCAACGCGGAGCAGGCUCGGAUCGCCGAGGAGGCCGGGGCCUGCGCCGUCAUGGCCCUGGAGCGCGUGCCCGCCGACAUCCGGGCGCAGGGCGGCGUGGCCCGCAUGAGCGACCCUGCCCUCAUCAAGGAGAUCAAGCGGGCCGUGACCAUCCCCGUAAUGGCCAAGGCCCGCAUCGGCCACUUCGUCGAGGCCCAGAUCCUGGAGGCCAUCGGGGUCGACUACGUGGACGAGAGCGAGGUGCUGACCCCGGCCGACGACGCCCACCACAUCAACAAGCACAACUUCAGGGCGCCCUUCGUGUGCGGCUGCCGCGACCUCGGCGAGGCCCUGCGCAGGAUCCGCGAGGGGGCCGCCAUGAUCCGCACCAAGGGCGAGGCCGGCACCGGGAACAUCGUCGAGGCCGUGCGCCACGUGCGCUCCGUCAUGGGCGACAUUCGCUCCCUCCGCAACAUGGACGACGACGAGGUCUUCGCCUUCGCCAAGCGCAUCGCCGCCCCCUACGACCUCGUCAUGCAGACCAAGCAGCUCGGCAGGCUCCCCGUCGUCCACUUCGCCGCCGGAGGGGUCGCCACCCCGGCCGACGCCGCCCUCAUGAUGCAGCUCGGCUGCGACGGCGUCUUCGUUGGAUCCGGCAUCUUCAAGAGCGGCGACCCCGCCCGCAGGGCCAGGGCCAUCGUCCAGGCUGUCACCCACUACAGCGACCCUGAGAUCCUGGCCGACGUCAGCGCCGGCCUCGGGGAGGCCAUGGUCGGCAUCAAUCUCAACGACUCCAAGGUCGAGAGGUUUGCCGCCCGCUCCGAGUAGCCCCCCACCCGAUCCUCCUCAAGAUUAAUGCUAGCUGAUCAUCAUUGAAGCGGAAGGUCUCCUCCCUCCCCCUGUCCUUUUACAACUCUAGCUUAUAUCUAAGUUUCUCCUUAAUUCGUCAUAGCUUGUCUGGAUUUGCUGGAUUAUUCUAUGUGCCCUUGGGAGCAGCUAAAACGGUUUACGCUUAUGUCAUGAGUCACUGCAUCUAUCCAUCCGGUCUGCUUAUACAAUAUAUUUAUAUUAUUAGCACAAAUAAUCUGCUCUCUUUAUGCCUUGUCUUCUCGCCUUCUCUUCAAAAUGUGUUCCAGUCCCAAGUGAAAACGUGAUAAUGGUAUUCUUAUCAUUCGGGAUACGAUGUACUGUUUGCGCCUGCUAUUUGGCAGACAUUGUACUGGAAAUGAACUGUUGGCUUGUUUUGUUCUUCUUUUUCCUCA